AUGGCUCAGAUCAAAGUAGCCUACGGUUCGGUUCUAGAAUUCAUCAUCCAAGAACGGCUGUGCUGGGAUGACUUGAAACCCAAGGGUACAAGUCUAAACGUGGUAUGGCGGACAGAUGACUACAAAAUCCUGUAUAAUGAUUGGCCGUAUGGGGUGGAAAAGGACAUUAUUCACCUGGUGGUGUGGACGAAGUUUGCGCUUGAAGACGAUCCCGUCACGGAUGAUCUGACCCCUCGCGCACGGAUGGAGAUUGACGAGUUCGUUGGAAGGAUCUUCCGGUCAAGGAUGGCAGCGGAACGAGUGGUCUGGUUUAAGAACUGGAGGUCACUGAAGUCAGUCCACUCGAUAGAGCAUUUCCAUGUUAUGCUCAAGGCGCCAGAUCUGGAAUUCGUGCACGAGAUCACCAAGGGAGACGUGCCGCUUGUCGAGAAGAUUUGA